CCGAACUCUUUGGUAAUGCCGAACUCCUCCGAACUCUUUGGUAAUGCCGAACUCAUACUCUUCCUUGGGCUUUGGGCUGAUGGGCCGUCACUGCUGUUGGGCUUGUUUAGUUCGUACCCCAUCACUGAGAAUAAUUCUUCACUCAAUCUACAAGAUUGGAUUUGGGGCUGAGAUGAAACGUUAAGCCUGAUCUACCAUCUGUUUGCAAUAGCCUUUGAUUUGCAAAUAUAACUGUGACUGAGAUUAAUUAAUUUACUAUGCAAAAUCAAUUAAUUUUAAUGGGAUGGCGGAUUGUGCUGGGUAGAAAGAAGGAACUUGGACAAAGUGAGGAGGAAGGGAAAAUGGUGGAAAAGAGAGGGGGGAUUUAUUAGGAGAGGCGACCAUGAGAGAGAAAUACAUGGGGCGCUCACAUGUCGCCCACCUUAUAAUGUCGCUCAGCAGAACAAAGAGCGUAUAUGAUGCUUAUUAAUAUCAACGCUCACAAAUUCAUAAAUAAAAAUUAGACAACAUGAAAAGGAAGCAUCUCGGCCGUUAAAACAAAUAGGAAUAAAAUCAACGGCUCAGAUUGAUCAAUUCACGAAGCUUUGCUUAAUUCAAAGAGACCCGCAUCGCGUCUUGAUGCGAGCUCUAUCUCGUCGACCCCAUCGAGACACUCCGAGACGAGAUAGAGCCUGCAUCGAGACAGCGAUGCGGGCUCCCGUUUCGUCCCCAGCCCGUCCCUUGUCUCGCCGUGGAGAGGAAUCUCGCGCACCAGCUCGCCAAGCGCGUUGGCCACAUGACGAACUCUGGUUCGUCCGUGACGCCCACUCGCCAGCCCGCGAGGGGGCGUCGUUUAUAUCCGUUUUAAAUGUUUUUUUGUUUGUUUUUUUAAAAAAAUUCAGGAAAAAUUCAAAAUUUAAAAAAAAUUCCAAAAAAUAUACUAGCCGUUUAUAGCUAUUUUUUUCAAAUUUUUAAUUUUUUUUUGCAUUUUUUAAGCCCUCAAUUACUUCUAUAAAUAUCUAAUGGAGCACAUUUGGGCAAAUUUUGGCAACCGUUAGACGCACAUGAUCUUUAUUAGACAACUCUUUCUGCUUCUUUGAGUUUUGAGAUUUUGAAUUUAGAGAGAGUGAGUGAAUUUUUUUUUAUUUUUUUUAGGAUUUUAAUUAUGUGUUUUUUUAUUUUUUUAGAAUUUUAAAUUGUAAUUUUAUUUUAUUUAAUGAAGUGCGUUUUUAUUAAUUGAAUUUGUUAGAAAUAAAAUAAAAAAUGAGAUUGAAUGAAUAGUUAAUGAAUGAGAUGAUUAAGAGAUGAAGAGAUACAUGUGUUGUCUUAGAGAUGUGGUGAAAAGUACGGUGUACCCAUGAAUAAUUAAGAGAUGGGACGGUUCAGAGACGAUGACACGGAUGGCCUAGGCGUAAGGCAAAGUAAAUGAGUCAUCGAAAAAAUAACUUGGAAAUUUCGAUUUCAAACACUUCUGCAAAGCGUCGUGCUUAUAUAUUAGUCCGCACUUUUGAGUCUUCAAUCAAGGAAAAUAUCUGUUUUUUUCUUGAAUAGCAAAAUGGAGAGUAAUGGUGUUACUGAGGUUACAAAUGAGAAUGGUGGUUAUGAUCUUACUUCGAUUCUGUUCUCUGCAGAAAGGGACUACCUUGUCCGCAACAAUGGUGAUCAGGUGAAACCCGAUGUCCUUAAGGGGAAGAUAGUCGGGUUGUAUUUCUCUGCUUCAUGGUGCGGUCCGUGCCAGCGCUUCACUCCAGUCUUGGUGGAAGUCUACAAUGAACUCCAAAAACACCACAACUUCGAGAUUGUGUUUGUCUCGGGAGAUGGAGACAAGGAGGCUUAUGAUGCGUAUUUCUCCAAGAUGCCCUGGCUUGCAAUCCCAUUUUCUGAUUCUGAGGCACGUGAGAAACUGGACGCAUUGUUCACUGUGAGUGGAAUACCCCACCUCGUGAUCCUGGACAAGGACGGAAAGGUACUGACAAACGAAGGAGUGGAAGUCAUCCAAGAAUAUGAGGAUGAAGCGUACCCUUUUUCUCCCGAGCAUAUUGGAAAACUGAGGGAGCAAGAAGCAGCAGCAAAGGCGAACCAGUCGCUGAAAACCUUACUUGUGUCUAAGUCGAGAGACUAUCUGAUAUCAGCUAACGGGAAGGAGGUACCCGUCGCUGAACUUGAAGGUAAGACUAUCGGCUUAUAUUUCCUUCUGGCGACAUACAAUGGUUGCCUCGCUUUCAAUCCAAAGCUCAUUGAAGCAUACAAGAGUUUGAGAGAAGAGGGAGAGAAUUUUGAAAUAGUGAUGAUACCUCUCGAUGAUGAUGAGCCGUCGUUUCAAGAAGAGUUCGCUUCCCUCCCAUGGUAUUCCUUGCCCGUCAAGGAUAAAUGCUGUUCCAAACUAGUGAGGUAUUUCAAGCUCAACAGCCUCCCUACGGUGGUUGUGAUCGGGCAGGAUGGGAAAACACUUCACCCGAACGUCGCUGAAGCCAUUGAGGAGCACGGCAUGAAGGCAUAUCCCUUCACACCUGAGAAAUUUGCAGAGCUUGAAGAGUUAGAAAAGGCGAAGCGCGAUGCACAAACACUUCAAUCCAUUUUGGUGUCUGAGGAUUGCGAUUUCGUGCUCGGGAAAGACGGCAUCAAGGUACCGGUGUCGGAUCUCGUUGGGAAAAACGUGCUGCUCUACUUUUCGGCACACUGGUGCCCGCCUUGCCGCGCGUUCCUUCCGAUGCUCAUCCAAGCGUAUAAGGAAAUCAAGGCAAAAGUAGAGGCCUUCGAAGUGAUAUUCAUCUCAAGCGACCGGGAUCAAGCCUCGUUCGACGAGUUCUUCUCGAAGAUGCCAUGGCUCGCUCUCCCGUUCGGGGACAAACGGAAGCAAGCUCUAAGUAGCUUGUUCAAGGUACGAGGGAUCCCGAUGGUAGUCGCGAUCGGGCCAACCGGGAAAACUGUCACGACCGAUGCCCGAGAGCAGAUCAUGAGCCACGGUUCCGGAGCGUAUCCCUUCACGGUGGAACGGAUCAAGGAGAUUGAGGCCACGUACGAUAAGAUGGCGGAAGGGUGGCCGGAGAAGGUCGAGCACGAGUCUCAUCACCAUGAGCUCGUUCUCACCAAGCGCCAGUUCUUCAACUGCGAUGGUUGCAGCGAGGAGGGGCGCAUAUGGUCGUACUAUUGCGACGAGUGCGACUUUGAUCUCCACCCGAAGUGCGCCUUGGGCAGCGAGGGAGGCGGAGGCGAAGGAGGAGCAAAGGAAGAAGAUAAGGCCAAUGCUCAAGGGUGGAUCUGUGAUGGUGAUAAGUGUUACAAAGAAUGAAAAAUGGAGGAAAACAAGGUGUGAAUGUUGCUGUGCCUACACUCUUGAAAGUAAAAUUCACAUUGAAAAUGAUUGAAACUUUCUGUAGUAUACUAUGUUGUGUGGAUUUUAUUUAGUACUAUUGCAUUAGGUGACUGAAAAUUGUAUCCUUGAGCAGUUAUGUGUUUGCAUACAUGUAUACAGAUUAUCAUUCAUGUGUGUGCAUGAUUUUGAAUAUUUUUACUA